GCGCGCGCGCAGCUCUUGUCCGUGGGAGAAAGUGAAGAAGGGGAGAGGGAACGAGAGAGGAGGGAGAGAGUGUGAUCCCAGGUCUCUCUCAGCGGCUCUCUCCACUUUGGGUCCAUGUACCCAGUCUGACUCAAUGGGGCUUUAGCAGUACGGGGUACACGUUAAAUAAAGAUAUUUAUUCACCCCGAAGCCCUUUUUGUGUUUCGGUCUCGUGCGUCUCCACAGACACCGGUGACACAUCCAGGACCGUCUCCAGAGGUGUGCCGCUGUCCGCACCUCACAGAAGGGUCAGUCGGGUCCCUCUCAUCGGCUGGCUUUCUGUGAGCGGAUACUUUUCACACUGACAGCUUGAACAGACCGGCAAACUACUGCAACACUAUGGAUUUUAGAAAUUGUCCCUUCCGGAAGAAACGGAGACCAUGGUUUUUGGACUUCUCAUCUUUUGCCUUGGUAACCGUGGCCCUCUCUGUGCUCCAAACGACUGUGGCUCGUGCAGACCCAGUGGACGUGCUGCGGGCUCUGCAGGUUCCCUCUCUCCCUGAAGGCGUAAAGAAAGUUCCUGGUUUCUGCACCUCUCGUCGCUCUGGAAACCCUGACCAUGCCUACCGCAUCUCCAAGCGAGCUCAGAUCUCUGCUCCCACCAAACAACUCUUUUCAGGUCGUUUCCCUGAGAACUUCUCGAUCAUGGCUCUGGUUAAAGCACACGCAGGUCUGCAGGCCUUCCUCCUCUCCAUUUACAGUGAGCAGGGCAUCCAGCAGCUGGGCAUCGAGAUGGGACGCUCCCCUGUGUUUCUGUAUGAGGACCAGAAUGGAAAACCAGCCCCCGAAGACUACCCCCUGUUCAGAGGCGUCAACCUGGCUGAUGGCAAAUGGCACCGCGUUGCUUUCUCAGUGUCUAAGAAAAAUGUGACUCUCCUGCUGGACUGUAAAAAGAAAAUGACUCGUCCUUUGGCUCGUGGGAAUAACGCAGAGGUCGACACCAACGGCAUCACUGUGUUUGGAGCCCGUCUUCUGGAUGAGGAGGUUUUCCAGGGUGACAUCCAGCAGUUACUGAUCGCCUCAAACCCUCAGGCUGCCUAUGACUUCUGUGAACACUACAGCCCAGACUGUGACUCCCCACUGCCCAAGACCCAGGCCCAGGACCCCAACACCUACAAGAAACCAUCUAACGGGAAACCAGCCCCUACUAAGCCAAGUGUGGUUAAACCCAAACCGACCCCAGCCAAGGCAGUUAAAACCGGACCAUCCAAACUCGUAGUGAAGCCGCCGAUGCCCACCAAAGCUCCUAAGGUCUCCACCACCAAACCCAAAGUGAAGCCCACCGCAGUAGAGAUCCUCCUGUCUAAGAUCAAGCCCACAGCAGCAGCAGCAACCUCCAAACCAUCUGCAAAGAAUGGAAAUGGUAAAGCUACUGUAGAGAAGAAAGCUAAUGGUGCUGCUAAGGCUAAUGGAAAUGGAAAAGCUAAUGCUAAUGCUAAAGCUAAGCCGACCACUCCACCUAAAGUUAAUGGAAAUGGUAAAGCAGUAGCAGAGAAGAAAGUUAACAGCAAUGGUAAAGCUAUUGUUGAGAAGAAAGCGACGACAAAAGUUGUUGCUAAAGCUAACGGCAAAGCAGCAACAGACAAGAAAGUCAAUGGCAAACCUGCUGCUGAUAAAGCUAAACCUAAUGGGAAAGCUGAUAAUAAAAUCAAUGCUAAAGUUACUGUGGUAGAAAAGAAAGUUGUGAAAACAGAAACCACUAUAAAAACUAAGACAGACAAAAAAGUUGAAGCUACGAAGGCGCCAAAACCAGCAAAAGCACCCAAACCUGAACCUACGAAAGCUGUAAAGGCUUCAACAGCCAAAACUCUGAAAGUAGAAGUCACCAAAGUGAAGACGACUAAAGCUCCCCCGGCUAAACCCACAGCAAGCCAAGCCAAUGUGGUAGAAAAGAUAACAGUCAAGAAAGUGAUGACUACAUCUGCACCUGUCCGUCCUACGCCUCCCAGACCCACCAAGCCCAAGGUGGUGGAGAAUAAUGUGAAGUCACACAACAAGCCUUUCCCUCCGUUUGGCACAUCUAUUCUGGGAGCAACUGCCACCCCGGCCAAGAAAAUCACCAACGGCUAUCAGCAGGAUGUAGAUACAGAGUAUUCGGAGGCUGGCCACACCCCUACAGACCCUGAUUAUUUCUAUGAGGAGACGAUUCCAGAGGGUGAGGUGAUUGCAGAAGAAGAGACCGAGGUUCAGCCCGAGGCGGACCCAUCCUUGUACGAAUCAGAGGUAGAUGCCACCAAAGGCGUGGGUGAGGAGGCCUUCACUGAGGAGUAUGUGACUGGGGAUGUGGGCCUGAAGGAGUACGACUAUUCCUACAGGGAUUACCACGAGCCGCUAGUGGAGAACGGAGAGGUCGAUGCCAACAUGGGUCCAGCUCUGUCCGCGGUGACAGACGAAGACGGCGCCGCUGCCAGGGGUCAGAAAGGAGAAAAGGGAGAGCCUGCUGUCCUGGAGCCUGGUAUGCUGAUUGAAGGGCCACCUGGACCUGAGGGACCAGCUGGCCCUACCGGUCCUCCUGGCUCAUCAGGACCUCCUGGCUCUGUUGGUGACCCUGGUGAGAGGGGCGUUCCUGGUAAACCCGGUCUCCCUGGAGCUGAUGGUGUCCCUGGACCUCCUGGCUCCUCCGUCAUGCUGCCAUUCCGCUUUGGUCAGAGCGGUGGCGAUAAAGGACCUGUGGUUUCAGCUCAGGAGGCACAGGCAGCUGCCAUCUUGUCCCAGGCUCGGAUGGCUCUGAAAGGACCCCCAGGACCAAUGGGUUAUACAGGACGUCCGGGACCAUUGGGAGGUCCAGGAAGUCCUGGUCUGAAGGGAGAAAGUGGAGACCCUGGUCCCCAGGGCCCAAGGGGACAACAGGGCAUGAUGGGACCUCCUGGAAAAUCAGGAAGGAGAGGUCGAGCUGGAGCCGAUGGAGCCCGAGGUAUGCCAGGGGAACCCGGAACCAAGGGUGACCGAGGCUUUGAUGGUCUUCCUGGUUUGCCUGGGGACAAAGGGCACAGGGGUGACACCGGCCCAAUGGGACCUCCAGGCUCUCAGGGAGAAGAUGGAGAGAGGGGAGAUGACGGAGAGGUUGGACCAAGGGGUCUCCCAGGUGAACCCGGACCUCGUGGUUUGCUCGGCCCCAAAGGUCCCACUGGCAUCCCUGGACCUCCUGGUGUUCGAGGAAAUGAUGGAAACCCAGGCCCCAAAGGAAACUUGGGUCCACAAGGAGAGCCUGGCCCUCCUGGACAACAGGGAACUCCAGGAACUCAAGGAAUGCCUGGGCCUCAGGGAGCUAUUGGACCUCCAGGAGAAAAAGGUCCCACAGGAAAACCAGGUUUACCUGGAAUGCCUGGAGCUGAUGGACCUCCUGGCCAUCCAGGAAAAGAGGGACCUUCUGGAACCAAAGGAAACCAAGGUCCUAACGGUCCUCAAGGAGCUAUUGGUUAUCCUGGCCCUCGCGGCAUCAAGGGAGCCCAAGGAAUCCGUGGGUUGAAGGGCCACAAAGGAGAAAAGGCAAAAGAUGGUUUUCCUGGAAUUAAGGGUGACUUCGGUGCAAAGGGAGAGAGGGGUGAAGUUGGUGUACCAGGACCUAGGGGAGAGGAUGGUCCCGAGGGGCCGAAGGGUCGUGUUGGACCCCCAGGUGAACUUGGACCCAUUGGACUUGUUGGAGAGAAGGGAAAACUUGGUGUCCCUGGACUUCCUGGAUAUCCCGGAAGACUAGGACCAAAGGGAUCGCUCGGGUUCCCAGGUUUCCCAGGUUCAAAUGGCGAGAAGGGAACAAGGGGUCUUAGUGGAAAAGCAGGGCCAAGAGGACAAAGAGGACCAACUGGUCCCAGAGGGCAGAGAGGGCCCAGGGGAGCAACUGGAAAGCCAGGAGCAAAGGGAACCUCAGGAAGUGAUGGACCUCCUGGUCCUCCUGGAGAGAGAGGAUUGCCUGGGCCUCAAGGAGCUAACGGUUUCCCUGGACCAAAAGGACCUCCUGGACCACCAGGGAAAGACGGUCUGCCUGGACAUCCUGGACAGAGAGGAGAAGUUGGUUUCCAAGGGAAGAUGGGUCCACCUGGGCCUCCAGGAGUCGUCGGACCACAGGGUCCAUCCGGAGAAACUGGCCCCAUGGGUGAGCGGGGUCACCCCGGACCCCCAGGCCCUCCUGGGGAGCAGGGUCUUUCUGGUCCCUCUGGAAAAGAAGGCACCAAAGGAGAUCCAGGUCCCCCAGGCGGUCCUGGCAAAGACGGACCCCCAGGACUGAGAGGUUUCCCUGGAGAGAGAGGACUUCCCGGUACCCCUGGAGGUGGAGGACUGAAGGGUGGUGAAGGACCUGCUGGACCUCCUGGACCUGCUGGGUCUCCUGGUGAAAGGGGCGUGGCUGGGACGGCUGGACCUGUUGGACCUCCAGGACGACCAGGACCUCAGGGACCUCCUGGAUCCGCUGGAGAGAAGGGGGUUCCUGGAGAAAAAGGCCCCAUCGGCCCAGCUGGUCGGGAUGGGGUUCAGGGUCCUGUGGGUCUACCUGGCCCAGCUGGAUCUCCUGGGAUACCUGGAGAGGACGGAGACAAGGGUGAAGUUGGAGAGCCAGGCCAGAAAGGUGCCAAAGGAGCAAAGGGAGAGCAUGGACCCCCUGGUCCACCUGGUCCAAUGGGCCCUGUUGGUCAGCCUGGUCCUGCUGGCGCAGAUGGAGAGACUGGUCCCCGGGGUCAGCAGGGACAUUUCGGAGCUAAAGGUGAUGAAGGAUCCAGAGGUUUCCCAGGGGCUCCCGGGCCCAUUGGUCUGCAGGGAUUACCUGGUCCACCAGGUGAGAAGGGAGAGACUGGAGAUGUUGGACCUCUGGGUCCUCCAGGCCCUCCUGGACCCCGAGGCCCAGCUGGACCCAACGGUGCUGAUGGUCCCCAAGGUCCUCCAGGUGGUUUGGGAAAUCCUGGACCUCUCGGUGAGAAGGGAGAGCCUGGAGAGGCUGGUCCACCUGGCAUUGGGGGAGAACCAGGAAAGAAGGGUCCCAGAGGAGAGCGCGGAGAGAAAGGAGAGGCAGGACAGCCGGGAACAGCUGGACCUCCAGGAGGAAGAGGUCGACCGGGAGACGAUGGGCCCAAAGGAAACCCUGGUCCUGUUGGUUUCCCUGGUGAUCCUGGUCCCCCUGGUGAAGUUGGGCCCAGAGGUCAAGAUGGUGCUAAGGGUGAGAGAGGAGAGGACGGUGAACAAGGAGAAUCUGGCUCUCCAGGACCCCCCGGAGAGAAUGGACCUCCCGGACCACCAGGAAAGAGGGGACCUGCUGGAUCUCGAGGACCAGAGGGGCGUCAGGGAGAGAAGGGAACAAAGGGAGAUGCAGGUGCAGUUGGACCUCCAGGAAAGACUGGCCCCGUUGGACCUCAGGGCCCUCCCGGAAAACCAGGAACAGAAGGCCUCAGAGGACUGCCCGGAUCAGUGGGUGAACAAGGAUCUCCAGGACCAGCUGGGCAGAAAGGACCACCAGGACCCAUUGGGCCUCCUGGUUUGGCCGGUCUCCGUGGAGAUCCUGGAGCCAAAGGUGAGAAGGGUCACUCAGGUCUCAUUGGUCUGAUUGGACCUCCCGGAGAGCAGGGAGAGAAGGGAGACCGGGGUCUGCCUGGACCCCACGGAUCUGCUGGGCCUAAAGGAGAGACUGGAAUGCCUGGAGGCACUGGGCCACUUGGUCCUGCAGGUCCCCCUGGUCUAACUGGUCCACAAGGUAUAAAGGGAGCUAAAGGUGCUACUGGAGGAUCUGGUCCAAAGGGGGAGAAAGGUGUACAAGGACCCCCUGGACCUCCUGGCCCACCAGGUGAGGUCAUUCAGCCGUUGCCAAUCCAGAGAAGUCCCAAAUCCAAGCGUUCCAUCGAUGCCAGUCAGAUAGUGUCUGAGUCUGACCCGGACAUGCCCGCUGCGGAUGCGACUGGAGCGGAGUUCCUCACGGGCAGUGAAGGCUUGGAGGAGAUCUUUGGGUCACUGGACUCAUUACGAAAAGAAAUAGACACUCUACGAUUCCCAUUGGGCACAAAGGACAGCCCUGCUCGCACUUGCCAAGACCUGCACCUCAGCCAGCCAGGAAUCAAAGACGGAGAGUACUGGAUUGAUCCAAACCAGGGCUGCUCCAGAGACUCCUUCAAAGUCUUCUGCAAUUUCACAAAAGGAGCUGAGACGUGUUUAUAUCCCAGCAAGAGCAUUAGCGAUGUGAAGAUGAGCACGUGGCACAAAGAGACUCCAGGAUCCUGGUACAGUAAAUUUUCCACGGGCAGCAAAUUCACAUACGUGGAUUCUAACGGCGACCCAGUGGGUGUGGUGCAGCUCGGUUUCCUGCGUCUGUUGAGCGUUCAGGCGCGGCAGAACCUUACGUACCACUGUCAUCGCUCUGUGGCCUGGGCCGACCGUAGCCACAAGGACAGCCACAACCGAGCACUGCACCUGCAGGGGGCGAAUGACGAGGAGCUGAGCUACAACAACAGCCCCUACAUCAAGGCCCUGGUGGACGGCUGCUCUUACCGUAAGGGCUUUGACAGGACAGUGCUGGAGGUAAACACGCCACAAGUGGAACAUCUCCCCCUGCUGGACAUCAAGGUGUCAGACUUUGGGGAGAGCAACCAACAGUUUGGUUUUGAAGUGGGACCUGUUUGUUUCCAGGGCUAAAACACAUCUACACUGUCCACCAUCAUCCACAGAGCGAACACACACAGAAACAAUCACAUCUGCACUUAGAGACACAACAAUGUAAUAAAAGACGCCCAAUGUUUUGUAAAUUAACUUGUAAAUUAAUAAAUGAAACAUGCUCCCAUACACAUACUUGCAUACAUAUACUACAUACUGUGGUGGGACUAUCUCGUGAUCAGUACCUGCCCAAGGAACGUCUAAAAUACUGUUGGAAACAAGAUGAGAAAUAUUAUUGAAGAAGAAACUGCCGAAGAUAAAGACUGGGCAAACAUCUGCAAGAAGAAAGAAGGAGAGAGUCUUCUGGAGUGAAUCAGUGUUUGUUGAAUCGGAGAAUUAAGCCGGAUGCCCUGUCUCGGACCCCUCUCAACGCCCCCUUCCUCCCCGCAGUCCCUGUGUCUCUCUACCUCCCCCUUUAUCUUUGACUUUUAACAUCUUUACUCUUUUGUUUACAUUUCAGGCAACAUACUGUUUAGUUAUAACUUAAUGGGUGCUUGAGUUUUCCAACACCAACCUAAAAAUGUGCAAUCCUCUAGCUAGGUAUUCCCAACGAAAAUCCUGGUUCAAGAUCUGGAGAAGGGUUGAACUGUGUUAAAUGCAGAGACAUAGUUCAUCAUUAAGGUCUACCUAAACAAUGUUGGUAGUUGUAGUUGCUAUAUUAACUUAUUUAAAACCUAAAAUUUGUGUUCAAGCAAAGACUCGCGAUGCUUUUCAGUUAUGUUUCAUGCAAUGUAAACUUGGAGUAAAACAUUUUAACAAUUGUAUUAAAAGUUACCAAAGACGCUACCAGUUUGUGCCUUGAAUAAAAUAAGAGGUGGUCAGCUUUGUCCUGCUUUUAAAUGUAUUUCUCUUAUUUUUUAAACUGUGAUUUGCAGAUAAAACCGGUGCUAAGUCAGGAGUUUGAUGCUUGAAGUCCAAUGAAAUUAUUCUCAACCAAAAAACUAUGCUGGACAAUCCCUAUGACCAAAACAACUUUUUUAUUAUCACCAAAAGUAAGAUAGCUUGGGUUUUUUUCAUUUAAAGCUAAAAAUCAGGGUCAAUUAUGGAACUGUUUUCUUCCCUAUUUUCUGCAGAGGUUAAUAAGAAAUGCAUGCUUUUCUAUAGAAACUGUGGCUUGUUGCUAACUAUACCAAAGGAUAUGGUGUCCAAUUUUCUUUUUAGUUUAUUUUAUACCAUUUCAUUAAGCUUUUUUACUGGGGAAAAUGUGCAUUACAUACAAAUUGUACAGAAAUAGUGAUAUUCUAUUGUAUUUAUUUAAAACAAUCAGGGUGCUUUGAGAUUUUAACAUCUUCCACCAAGUUUCCCGAUAAAUGUGGUAUCUUUGUAUUUAUUUACUACAGCUGAAUCAGUGCCAUGUGGAGAAAUGUCAGCUUUUUACCCUGUUCAUUUUUUGCUAUCACCAAAAUCUGUGGCCAUAUUUUCUGUAUCAACUCUUUCAAAUGUUUUCACCAAUUGUAUUUUGUUAAUUUUGCUUCCACUGAUAAGAUUAAAUUGUGACUCUCCAAUUCUGCCAAAUGUUAUUCGUGCUGUUUUUGACCUGCUUAUAUCUAAGCAAAUUAACUUAAAGAUUAAUUUUAGACAAUAAUUUAAUUUGGACAAGGGGAGGAGAGGGAUGGUAAGAGGGAGUUUUUCAUCCACUGCGUUGUCAUUUGAGUGGUUUUGUCUUUUUGUGUCAGGGCGCCAUGGCGCAACUAUUAAAAUUUUUCUUAAAAGUUUUUCCAGAAAAAAAUAAGAGACCUCAACAUGUGUUUGUUUUUAUUAUGUUAAAGACAAACAGUUCAACAUUAAAAUAUGGUGCUGAAAAAAAGAAAAAAGUAUUAUUUUAAAUGUGUGUAAGUAUUUUUUAAAUUGUGUUUCUGUAAUAUAUAACCUUUUUAA